AGCCGUCCUGAGGAAGGCCUCGGCUCUGGAGUAUAAAAUACAGCGGAGAGCACUUCGGAAGGAAGAUUUUGUUAAUUAUAUUCAGUAUGAAAUUAAUCUGCUUGAACUGAUCAAGAAAAGAAGAGCUCGCAUUGGGUAUUCAUUUAAGAAGGAUGAAAUUGAGAACUCUAUCCUGCAUAGAGUCCAUAGCCUCUUCAACCGUGCUACAGGGAAAUGGAAGGAAGAUAUCCAGCUUUGGCUUUCACAUGUUGCAUUUUGCAAGCAGUGGAAUGCAAAACAUCAGCUUAGCAAGGUGUUUUCUACCCUGCUGGCCAUUCAUCCCAAUAAACCAGCACUGUGGAUUAUGGCAGCAAAAUGGGAAAUGGAGACUCGGCUCUCAUCAGAAAGUGCUAGGCACUUGUUCCUUCGUGCUUUGCGCUUCCAUCCAGAGUGCCCAAAACUUUAUCAAGAAUAUUUCAGGAUGGAGCUGAUGCAUGCUGAGAAACAAAGGAAGGAAAAGAAAGCAUUUGAACAAGCGAAGAUGGACUUGGGGGAAUUCAGUUAUUCUGAAGAGAUUCUCAAUGGGGAAAUGGCUCGCAUAAUCUACAGGGAUGCUGCUCAGAAAAUUAAAGGUGUUGAGUUCCAUCUGGCUGUGCUUUCUAUUGCAAAGCUCUUUGAUUUUACCCAAGAUUUGCAAAAAGAAAUCCUUGAAAGUUUGCAGACCAAGUAUGCUGAUGAUCCUCUUACGUGGGACUACAUGGCCCGUCGUGAGCUGGAGCUGGGGUCCCUGCAGUCCACAGAACCCACCACGAAACAGAUGAAAGUGUCUGAAAUGACCCAGAGAGAGGAACGAUGUUGUGCAGUCUUUGAAGAGGCUGUGAGAGCAGUCCCAACAGAGGACAUGUGGAAAUGCUACAUCACUUUUUGCGUAGAGAGAUGUAACAGGAAAACCAACAGUGGAGAAUUAAAGCAGAAGAGGCUGGAGAGGGCACUGAGUGUAUUCAACAAAGCCCAUGAAUCCAGUUUGCUACCAGAAGCUCUCUACAAGCAGUGGCUUCAACUAUUACUGGAGUCCAGUCUCUUUGAGAAGGCUACGGAGGUGAUGGAAGCUGCAACGAAGCGCUUCAGCCAGUCAGUGGAAAUGUGGCAGAUGAGGCUGCAGGUGCUGAUGCAGCUGAAGAGUGAUGGUGUGACCCAGUGUUUUGAAGAAGCUGUAAAGCAUGUGAAAUCUAAGGGUGCUUUGCCAUUAUGGACCCUCUGGGUGGAAUGGAGUGAAGGCACAAACAGCAAGGAAGACACAGAUGCUCUCUACCAGAGAUCCUUACGGGCCACAACUCCUGCUGAGUCUGUGACUAUGAAAGAGAAGUAUCUUGACUGGACUUACAGAAGCGGUGGUUAUAAGAAAGUUAAAAGAGUCUUUACCAGCCUGUGUGAAAAUCGUCCACUUUCACUUGACUUCUUCAGGAAGAUGAUCCAAAUAGAAAAGGAGCAAGAGUCCUGCAAAAUGCCUCAUCUGAGAGAAUACUAUGAACGUGCCUUGAGAGAGUUUGGUUCAACAGAUUCUGAUCUCUGGCUGGAUUAUAUCAAAGAGGAGCUAAGUCAUCCCCAAGGCAAACCAGAAAACUCUGGGAGCAUUCACUGGCGAGCUAUGAAGAUGUUGCAGGGAGACCUGGUGGAAGACUUUGUUUCCAAAUACACUUUAUUGCAAACUGGACAUUUAUGAAAAACUGUAACUGGUUACAACAUGAUUGUGGAUUUUUUUCCUAACUUUUUUGUACAAAAGUAAAUAUGCCCUUGGAUCAUAUUAAAGUGUAUCUUCUUUACAUUCUUGCAUAUGUGGAAAAAA